AUGUUCCCACUGCCCAGCGCGGCGAGUGCCUCCGACGAUGAGUACUGGGCUUUUUUGGCCGAACAACCGCUUCCAUACGAACAAUUGCUUCCAUACGAACAACCGCUUCCACACGGAGAACCACUUCCAUACGGACAACCACUUCCACACGGGCAACCGCUUCCACACGGACAACCGCUUCCAUACGAACAACCGCUUCCACACGGAGAACCACUUCCAUACGGACAACCACUUCCACACGGGCAACCGCUUCCACACGGACAACCGCUUCCACACGGACAACCGCUUCCACAUGACCCCAUUACUGGAACAAAGUACGGAGACCGACUGAAACUCCGUCUAAAGGACGGCGGGUUGAGCCUGUGCAGCAUUGACGACGAAUAUGACGGCCCUUUUGCCGCUUGUGCAGGAACGGGCCAUACUUUCUUGAAAGCUCAACCUAAUCACAUCCAAAUGAGCGGAAGCUGGGUCGAAGUUGGUUUCUGGCUGCGCGGUACUCGCAUGUAUAGCAAAAGAUCGUUCAAAGACACGCUAUCUAACCCGAAUAUCCCUCACAAGCUCAAUUUCUUCAAGAUGAAGAGCACGUGCGAGGCUGACGGCCCAAACGAGGCCAAGGGCAUUGGCAAGAUGUCGGACAAUAUCAUCCCGCCCGAGUCGUAUAUUAUCGGACUGAGCAUGAUCGAUAUGGAGCCUGCGGCCAUGACAGUGCCGCAAGUCGCAGGCCCGAUAAGCACAGAUGACACGCUCAACGGGUUUCCAAUUGACGGGGUAAUCAGUGGCCGCCCAUUGGGGCAUGCAGUAAUUCCCUUGCAAGACAUGACGGUACCAGGAAACCUUCGAGCCAUAAAAAGCGCUCUCAAGGCCAUGGUGGAGGGACGACCUCGAUCAGAACCAGGUGCAAAACCCAAGAUGAACCAUGAACUUAGCCUGCAGGAGAAAGCCUUGCUAGUCAAAGCCACUCGGGAGGCAUUUUCUUGGGGAAAGAACCUACCGACGGUUGAACAUCUGAUGUCGGAGACGGCAAGUUUUAUCCUCAGCCUCGGGAGAAUUUGUGGGAAGACAGAGCCCAUGGUGCGAACACGGGCCAUGCCCAAGCAAGAGCUGGAUUCGCACAUUUCAGCAAGAACAUGCUCGACGGUCGAUUUUCAAACGUGUAAAGUCAACUUGCUUGUUCGUGGGAGAGACGGCUGCCGCAGCGGCUUUCAAUUGCGGGUGGCGCCAAUCAUGUUGUUGGAAUUCGAUGAAGCGAUGCACAAGCAAAUCACGGCGUUUCUCAAGCACUAUCCGGCGGACAUGGUCAGUCACAGCACGGCCCUUCAGGCAUGCUGCGUGUGGACUGAUAUUCAUGCCGACUGGAACAAGUUUUUGGAAAACGCAUUCCAGGAAGGGACGGCUGCGGCACCGCCAAUGCCAACUCCCAGUCUUGCCGAGGUCAUCAUCUACUUCCCUGCCUAUCUUGCGUUUGCGGAAGCGUACGGCUUGAUCGAGUACCCCCAUCUGUUUCGCUUUGUCCAUCAAGCUUCGAAAAAAGACCGGAUGGGGAACAAGGCUUUGGCUGUCGAGAGCACAUGCCUGAACGAAGAGGAGAUCAAGACUUUUGUGGCGGGAGCGCGAUCACGGGUCUGGUGGGCAGAUUCGAAAGAUCGAAUUGCAAUCUUACCGUCCGACAUGAGGGGCAGCGCGCGUCAGACGGUGGCAGGCGCUGAGGUCCGCAAAGCCUCUGAGAUGGCCGUGUGUGGUCUUGGGCCAAUUCAAGAGUACGGCCCGACAUUCUAUCGGGAUUGGUACAGCAAGCAAUCGUCGACGUGCGUGUUUAUGCCGGAACGUAUCGCCCGGCAUCAUUUCCAAAAGACAAAAUUCGACUUAGUUGAGAAUCCAGACUGGGCCUUUCACCAGAAACAAGCGUUCUUCGGAGCUGCCACGACCAUGACGAAUUUAUGGAAUUAUGAGCCGCAAGAGUCCCUUCUACCGCCAAACGUAGGCUCUUUUGUAUCGCCGACCGGAGCGCAGCUUCCCUCAGUUGUCGACAAUAUGAUGGAAGCUGAGAGAUUCAAUUCUCUCUUGCAAUCCAUGAGGCAAUAUGACGAGCUCGUAGACGGGGACUUCAGUCAAGGAGAUCUAUACGAGGCAGACUGA